UGAAAAAUGUGUUCCAUACUGCAACUACCAACGUUUCUGAAAUCCGACGAUGGCUUCACUCACUGUCCUAAUCCACUCUCCUCCCACCUUGCUCCACACUGCAACUACCAAGUCCCCAUAUGAUCGAACCCUCUCAAUCCUUCAGUAUGCUCCAUCGAAUUCUCAAUUCUGUGGCCUAAAAUUAUCUCACUCUUCCUCUUCAUCACUGCGUUCUGCUAAUUAUUGCUAUUCGGUUAAAGGUUCCAUUUUCGCCAAGGUGAAUAAAGGUUCAAAGGCACCAUCAUUCACGCUGAAAGAUCAAGAUGGGAAUAGUGUAAGCCUUGACAAAUUCAAAGGAAAGCCGGUGGUUGUUUAUUUCUAUCCUGCUGAUGAGUCCCCUUCAUGCACCAAAGAGGCUUGUGCUUUUCGGGAUUCAUAUGAGAAGUUCAAGAAAGCAGGGGCCGAGGUUGUUGGGAUCAGUAGUGAUGACCCUUCUUCUCACAAGGCGUUUGCUAAGAAAUACAGGCUUCCAUUUACUUUGUUGAGUGAUGAAGGCAACAAGGUGAGGAAAGACUGGGGAAUCCCCAAUGAUUUGUUUGGAACAUUGCCCGGUAGACAGACUUAUGUUAUUGACAAAAAUGGUGUGGUUCAGCUCAUUUACAACAACCAGUUCCAACCAGAAAAGCAUAUUGAUGAGACUUUGAAACUACUUCAAACUCUUUGAGGUUUCAGGUUUUUCAUUAUCCCAUUCCCCAUGAAGUGUGUAAAAUAUUGGUAACUGCUGUUUAUUGUACAACUAUGAUAGUUGCAGCUGAUUCUAAAGCCUUAUAGAGAUACAACGUUUCCGGAUCAAAAUCAUGCAUUUCAAUGCAGCAGCACAUAGACUGAUAUCUCUGUAUUUUCUUCAAUAUUGUUGUAAUUUUAGCUUAAGUUGACUCAGUUGUACCUAUUAAUUUGCAUUUUUAAUAAUUUUAAAAUUAAAAUGUAUGAAUAUGAUAUGUUAGUUGAAAGGAAAUAACCUUGGGCA